AUGCGCUCUUCAGUUACUGCUGCCACGGCCCUUCUUGCUGCCAUGGUCUCUGCCCAUGGAAACAUCACCGACCCCCCCGCGCGAGUGCCUGGCCCCGCGAUGAUCAAGGCAUGCGGACAAGAAAAUGUCCAGGCUGUGAUGUCUGACCCGACUAUCCCCCUGGAGGACUUCACCAAUCCCCCUGCAACCUGCCAGCUGGAUCUCUGCCGUGGCGCCAAGUUUGAGGAUAAUAAGCAGAACGUCCAAACUUUCAAGGCCGGCCAGGUCGUCAACAUGAGAGCUGCGCUACCCAUUCCUCACGAGGGUCCCAUGAACGUCUCGAUCGUCGACACGAAGACCAACAAGGUCAUUGGCGAGCCGCUUAUCGUAUUCGACACCUAUGCCGACGAGAAGCUUGCGCAAUUGCCUGCGAACAAUACGAACUUCGACGUUACCAUGCCGAGCAACCUGCCCGCUGGAACAUGCGCCCAGGCCGGUCAAUGUGUUAUGCAAUGGUUCUGGUUUGGCACAAGCGCUAAGCAAACUUACGAAAGUUGUGUGGAUUUCGUCAUGGGUUAA